UCUCGCAUCUUCCACUAUCUACUGUUUCGCCACAAUUCCGCCAACAAAGAGCUUGCCGUUUAUCGCUUUAACCGGUCAGGUACCUUGUUAAAUGCCCGAACACAUUUUCCCCCCUUUGCAUUGCAUCUUCUACUUACGAUGACCCUCCCCCCUCUUGGUUGGACCACCCAAGUAAAGUUCUGGGAAAACGGCAAGGAGUUCCUGGAGGGACACAUGGUUCUAUUAAGGGGGGGUUACUUCAGGUGUUUGAAAGCUCAUACUUCGGGCGCUAGCAAUGCUCCUCAUCCUGCCCAAGACACGGAAUAUUGGAAACGUUUCCGACCUAACCUGAACUAAUCAUUCGACGGCGUCUACGACGAGAUGAUCCCUAGCUAUCAU